AUGGAUUUGGACGGAUUCAUUUACCAAUGUGGACGGAGUGGUGUGGAGAUGAUCUAUUGCCCGUUGAUUGGUGAAGUAUUCGUCGAUGCAAAAACACGGUUUAGCAGCAGAACCCUGUUGCCAGCUGUUGGAAGAUGGUGUAAAUUCAAUGCACGGCUUGAGGUUUGUCCUCUUUUGCAUACCUUUUCUUGCAUAUUUUGCUUAGAUUUAAUCAAAAUUCCCAAUUGUUUGAGUAGAAAACAUGUAUAA